GUUUUUAUUUUUUAUAUCAAAUAUCCAAAUUUUUAUAGUAGAUAUAUUAAUAAAUAAUAUGCGAAAAAAAAUUAUCUACUAUUUAAAAUUAAUUUGAUGAUAUGGUUGGAUGACACAUAGUCUAUUAUUGAUUUAAAACAAAAAUUGAGUGAUGGCAUAUCAUGGAAACCAUCACCGAUUUUGUUGAUGUUAUAUUUAUCAAUAACUAUUCAGUAAGGUAUACUUGUAUUUAUCAAAGAUUUGUUUUAAUCGUAAGUUUUUAGGUGAAUGUGUGUGUAAUUAAGAUUAUUAACAUAAUGUCUGAUGAAGCAAUUACUGAAGAUGCGCCGAGUUAUGUUGGUAUUGCAAAUUUACCUAACCAAGUUCUUCGAAAAUCUGUUAAAAAAGGAUUCGAAUUUACUUUAAUGGUUGUUGGAGAGUCAGGACUAGGUAAAUCCACCCUUAUAAAUAGUCUUUUCCUGACUAAUCAUUACCCAGACAGGAAGAUCCCAGACGUUGUUGACAAGGUUCACAAAACUGUUGGUCUAGAAUCCUCAACAGUUGAAAUAGAUGAGAAAGGAGUAAAACUUCGUUUGACUGUAGUUGAUACUCCAGGAUAUGGAGAGGCUAUUGACAAUAGUGAUAGUUUCAAACCCAUCAUUCAAUAUAUUGAUGACAAGUUUAAGAAGUUUUUGAUGGAUGAGAAUGGAUUGAACAGAAAGAACAUUAUAGAUAAUAGAGUUCAUUGUUGUUUUUAUUUCAUAUCACCUUUUGGACAUGGAUUAAAGCCGCUUGAUGUUGAAUUUAUGAAGCAGUUACAUAAUAAAGUUAACGUUGUACCUAUUAUAGCCAAAGCUGACUGUCUUACAAAAAAAGAAAUGAUCAGAUUAAAAGAACGAGUAAUGGAAGAAAUAGAGAGUAAUGAAAUUAAAAUUUAUAAUAUGCCAGAUUGUGAUAGUGAUGAAGAUGAAGAAUACAAAGAAGAUUCGAGAGGAUUAAAAGAAGCUGCCCCAUUUGCGGUGUGUGGUGCGAACACUUUGCUUGAAGCUCAGGGACGGAAAGUUAGGGGACGAGUGUAUCCUUGGGGUGUUAUAGACAUUGAAAAUCCUAAACAUUGUGAUUUCAUCAAGUUGAGAAGCAUGCUUAUGACACACAUGCAAGAUCUUCAGGACACCACACAUUAUGUUCAUUAUGAAAAUUACCGCUCUGAACGGUUAGCAAAAGGUUUACCUCCUCUACCACCACCUAAAAGGUUAUUUGCUUCUUUUGAUGAUAUGAUAUCUCAAAAUAAAAUUCUGCUAGAAAAGGAAGCAGAAAUAAGAAAGAUGCAAGAAACGCUGGCUAAAAUGCAAGCAAAAAUGGAACAGCCACCUCCUUAAUUUUUUUUAUAUUUAUAUGAUCGUAUUUGAACUGUUAAUAUGAUGUUAAUUUUUCAUUUCCUUGUGCUUAAUUUAUAAUUUAAACCACUUAUUCUUUUUAUAGUUUAUUCAUUUUAUAUAUUACCUUAUGGAUUAAGUGAAAGUUAUGUUUCUAUAUUGAAAGUAUAUAUUUUGUACCACUUGAUGGCAACAUUUAACUUUUAACACAUAAAUAUUAAUUGUAAAAUAUACUUUUACAU